AUGUGCUCUGCUGCCAGCUCCACAAUCUUAUACAGGAACCCUCAAUUCCUUCGAUUAGUUUUUUUGCAGCUUCAUCACCAGCAGCAAAGUGGUGUGUUCUGUGAUGUCCUUCUGGAGGCAGAAGGUGAGGCAGUCCCAGCCCAUUGCUGCAUCCUGUCAGCCUGCAGCCCCUUCUUCACAGAGCGCCUGGAGCGGGAGAAGCCAGCACAGGGUCGGAAGGUGGUGCUGGAGCUGAGGGGCCUGAAGAUCAGGGCCGUUAGGAAGGUGGUGGGCUUCCUCUACACCGCCGAGAUGGAAUUAUCUCUAGAAGAAGUCCAUGAUGUGCUGUCUGCUGCCCGUCAGCUCCGUGUAUCAGAGCUAGAAUCCCUUCAGCUAGAGGGUGGAAAGCUGGUGAAGGCCACUCAGGGCCGAAGACUGAACCGGGAGUGUUUACAACCUCCAAUCUCUGCCAGGGUGGUGGCACCCAGCCGCCACCCUCGAGCUCCACUGCCUGUUAAUCAAACUCCAUGUUCUCCUGGGACAGUGAGAUUAAAGUCCUCAGGGAAGGAGGAGGGGCCCCAGGAGAAGACUGGUCAACAGAAUGCAGAGAACUUGUCUAGCACACUUCUGCUCAAAAGGAGGCCCAGAGCCUGCCCAAAUCAAGAAAAAAGCUCUUCACCAUCAAGCCAUAGUCAAGGGCCUAAGGAGAACAAGAGUGACCCUGACCUUGGCCCUACAGCUCUUUCCCCACCUACGUUGUACCCCUCUGUGAAGGAAAGACUGUUGCCCAGAAAGAUCAGGCUAAGCCGCUCAAAACCGUCUCCUGAUGUGUGUACAUCCAAGAGUCCCAGCAUUUUAAGCAGACCCAGCUCAGUACCCACAGCCCCUGGGCGGCGUCUUUGGCGACAGAGGAGUAUAAAGAAAGAAGUGCCAGAGGACAAGCAGAAUCCAGGGAAAGCCAGUCCUCUGCCGAGCACUCCAAGCCCCUGUGGUCUUGGAAAGACAGCUGGGAGCAAGAAGCGGAGCCCUGAAGGCAGGACCCUUAACUCAGACUCUGCAGAGGAAGGGCAGGUUGGGAGAGUGAAACUUCGGAAGAUUGUCAAUGGAACCUGCUGGGAGGUGGUUCAGGAGCCUCCCCUUAAAGACUCUCAGGAUACCCUUCAGAUCCCAGAAUCUGGGAGAGACUUAGAGAAGCCUCCAGGGACUCAGCCAUCUUCUGUUGUUAACGAAGAGGGAAUGUCAUCUGCUCAAAUAGACCUAUGUCAAGACUCCCCUGUGUGCUCUAGGCUACAAGACAUUCUGCUGUCUGCUAGCCACUCCCCAGACCACCCAGUGGUGAAGUCUGAGUUUGAGUCCAGUCCAGAGCUGGUAGGGAAAGAACCUGUGUUAGACAAUGACUGCAGAGAGCCCUGUGCAUUUGACACAGCCCUGCUUGGGCAACCUUGUGAAGCUGAGGAGUACCGAAUCACAAGUGCUGCUGCCACCAGUGAACUGGAGGAGAUCCUGGACUUUAUGCUCUGUCGUUCUGACACUGAGCCACCUAUAGGGUCUCUGGAGAGUCCCAGGGCUGAGGGCUGCAGGACCCCCAGUUAUCACCUGACAGAAACAGGAAAGAACUGGAUGGAAGAAUGGUGUUUGCCAGAUGUGGAACUCUGGCCCAGGGAGCUCACAGGAUUGGAAAAGGAACCUGUCUGUGAAAACAAAGAGCCAGUUGAGCCCCUGAGCCUCCUUGUCAUGUCCUCUGAGAACAAAGAGCCAAUCGAACCCUUGAGUCCACUUGUUAUGCCCUCAGAGAUGAGCGGAGCCGAGGCACUUUCAGUGGGAGGCUCUUGGACUCCGGACCUUGAAAUUACAGGCUCCCAGCCACUGGAUGGUCAAAAAGACAAACUUCUCCAUAUUGACUCUCUUGACCUCCCCGCUUCCUGUUCAGACUGGGUGGAGACAGGGCUGGAAGUAUCCCUGUUUGCUCCAGAGGCAGGCAAGGAGGUAACUGGUAACUCUGAGCUGCUAGGGCCACUUCCCGUCAACUCUGAAGAGGAAGAGAUUGAUGUAGUGGAUUGGACAGCAGAGGGGAGGCUGGUGCCCACCAGUGUUCCCUCUGUAUGGCCUGACCCUUCCUCAGAGUCUGAAACAGAGGUAGAUAUAUUAACAUAG